AAGUUGCUGUUGAAGGAACCUUGGCAAGUUGCAGCAUUGCCUCUUGUGGAGGGUACACGUUGUGGUUCGUUGGUGAUGGAGGAAAUGAAUUUUGAAGAUAACAUGUUAGUGAUCACUGUGGCAACCAAGGAGACAGAAGGAUACAAACGUUUCAUCCGGACUGCAAAACACUUUAACUACACCGUCAAGACCCUGGGACUGGGCCAAGAGUGGAAGGGAGGUGAUGUGGCUCGGACAGUGGGAGGUGGCCAGAAGGUGCGGUGGCUGCAAAAGGAAAUGGCGAAGCACGAAGCCAAGGAGGACCUGAUCGUGAUGUUUGUGGACAGUUAUGAUGUCAUCUUUGCUGGCUCUCCUCUGGAACUGCUGAAGAAGUUUGUACUGUUUAAUCACAAGGUGAUCUUUGCAGCAGAAGGAUUUAUCUGGCCGGACGAGUCCCUGGAGGAUAAGUAUCCACCAGUCCGUAGUGGGAAGCGAUACCUCAAUUCUGGAGGUUUUAUUGGUUAUGCUCCAGUCAUCAACGACAUUGUCCAGCAGUGGAAGUUCAAGGAUGAUGAUGAUGACCAGCUUUUCUACACUAAGAUUUAUCUCAAUCCCAAACUGAGGGAGAAGUACAAGAUGGCUCUAGAUCACCAAUCAACAAUCUUUCAAAAUCUCAAUGGUGCUUUAGAUGAAAUUGUCGUGAAGUUUGAGAAAGGAAAAGCCAGAAUCCGCAACAUAGCCCAGGAUACGCUGCCAGUGAUCGUCCAUGGCAAUGGACCUACCAAGCUGCAACUGAACUAUUUGGGGAAUUAUAUUCCGAAUGCCUGGAACCACGAGACUGGAUGUGGAAUAUGUGAUGAGGACUUGUUAGACCUGACACAGCUACAGGAUGAAGAUUAUCCUCAGGUGCUGAUUGCAGUCUUCAUCCUGCAGCCGACCCCGUUUCUCCCGGAAUUUCUGGAACGCCUUGCCGCCCUGGAAUACCCACUAGAACAGCGGAGCCUCUUCAUCUAUAACAAGGAGGUUUACCACGAGAAACACAUCCAGACAUUCUGGGAGGAGCACCAGGAGGAUUUUUACAGCAUUAAAGUCGUUGGCCCAGAGGAGGAAAUGACGGAGGGUGAAGCCAGGGAUAUGGGGAUGCACAUCUGUCGCCAGGACCCAGACUGUGACUAUUAUUUCAGCGUGGAUGCCGAUGUGGUCCUCAGUAAUCCAGAGACCCUGAAGAUCCUCAUCGAGCACAAUCGGUUUGUGAUCGCGCCAAUGGUCAGUCGUCAUGGCAAGCUGUGGUCCAACUUCUGGGGCGCGGUAAAUGCUGACAGUUACUACAGCCGCUCGGAGGACUACAUCGACAUUGUGCAGUUGAAGAGAGUUGGUAUCUGGAAUGUUCCGUACAUCACGCAGGUUUACCUGAUCAAAGGGGAAAUUCUGCGUAAUGAACUGAGACAGAAGAAUGUAUUUACGCAGGUCGAACUAGAUCCUGAUAUGAUCUUCUGCAAGAAUCUCCGGGCAAAGCUGACUGAGUCUGUGUUCCUUGCUCAGCCGUGUCCUGAUGUCUACUGGUUCCCCAUUCUCUCUGAGCGAGCCUGUGAUGAGCUGGUACAAGAACUGGAGCAUUAUGGCCAAUGGUCUGGAGGAAAGCACGAGGAUUCGCGGCUCAGCGGAGGUUACGAGAAUGUCCCAACUGUUGACAUUCACAUGAAGCAGGUUGACUUUGAGAGGGAGUGGCUGAAAUUCCUGAGGAAAUACGUUGCCCCAGUGACAGAGAAGUUAUAUCCUGGUUAUUACACCAAGGCCGAGGCAGUGAUGAAUUUCAUGGUUCGUUACCGUCCAGAUGAGCAGCCAUCACUCCGACCUCACCACGAUUCGUCAACAUUCACCAUCAACAUCGCCCUCAAUACCAAGGGGGUUGACUAUGAGGGCGGAGGCUGCAGGUUCCUGAGGUACAACUGCUCGAUCGAGGCUCCCCGGAAGGGAUGGUCCCUCAUGCACCCCGGCCGACUCACCCACUUCCACGAGGGCCUGCCGACCACCCGGGGGACUCGCUACAUCAUGGUUUCCUUUGUGGACCCUUGACGGGGUCGGGGGGGGCGGGGAGGCAGGGGCGAGUGAUCGGACUGGCGGAGGCUGAUGGCCUGGACUUGGACCUACCAGUUUAACCCAGAGGCCUUUGCCGGAGCCACUCCUCAAUGUGAUUACAACUCAUUUGACAAUCUGAGCAACCUAACCAGAACCUGCCGACCAAUGGCCACCCCCUCCACCCCAUAAAGAAUGCUGCUCAAGCUAUCAAUCAAACCACCACGUUCCUCACCAGCCUUCUCUGUGGGACCUGUUGCCCUUUCCCAGCGGGGCCCUUGUGAUGUCUCCACUGUAGAUUGAUUGAAGAAGCCAUUUCACAUGUUGGCAAUCAGCAACUUCGACCUCGGAGCACAACAGGACGCACGGGAGAACAUGGACCAUGGACAUGGAGCCAUUAAUGACCCUGUGUUAUAGCUGUCUGAUCCUUUGUGUCGAAAGGAAAGUGGAGCAGAAUGCUAUUUCGCACCCCCAUCCCACCCUGUGCCUUCUCCAUCAAAUCAUUAAGAUUAUGGCUGAUCUGCUACCUCAACUCCUAUUCCUGCCAGAUCCCUUGUUUCCCUUAAUGACUUAAAAAAAAAGUUAUUGAUCUCUGCCUUGAACGUACUCAAGCAUCCACAAGCGUUCUAGGGCGGAGAAUUCCAAAGAUUCCCCGACCUUCAAGUGAAGGAAUUCCUCCUCGUCUCGGUCUGAACUAGCCUUCCCCUUAUUCUGAUACUAUGCUUCUCCAUUCUAGGCUUCCGCCGCCGUCUCCCCUACCUGGAGAAAUGUCUCUCCAUAUUGACCCUAUCAAACUCUUUCAGAAUUAUACAUACUUUUCAAUGAGAUUGCCUCUCAUUCUUCUAAAGUCCCAUAGCUGUCAGCUGCUCUUUUAAAAUUCUUUCAUGAGAUUUGGAUUUGUAGAUUUUUACAACAAUCAGAGACUAGAUUUCAAUUCUAGGAAUUUUAAAAGAUUGAAUUCAUGUUGGCAGAAUUUGAAUCUGUGCCCCCUUCCCACCCUGAGCAUAACCUGGAUCCCUGGCUUAUGGGUUCAUUUCAUUUAUGCCAUCGUUUCCACCUCUUCUAUCCCAUGUGCUCUAGUAUUACCUUAACUCCAUUAUCGAAUGACCAUGCUAUUGGCUAGACUUAGCUGAUCAGUGACCAGCUUGAGUUUUCCAUUUUGUUGAUUUGGUUGAUUGCAAAAAAAUGAUUUUCUCUUGUCGGGGUUUGGGGAGUGUGGGGUAUGGAGGGUUUGGACAGUUUAGGGUGGGGGGGCAUGACCUUCCAGUUCAAGCCAGGCCUUUCAGGGACAUUUUCAGGAAGCUCAUCUUCACACAUAGAGGAGUGGAGACCUGCAACUCUGUUUCCACCCCCCUCCCUCCCUCCCUCCACCAACACACACACACACACACACACACAAAACCCCCUGACCCCACUCCCCAAACCCCGACAACCCCCCCCCCCAAAACCUCAACAAUUUCAAAUGUGAGAUUGAUAGAUUUUGGUUGGGUACGUGUAACGGAUGAAGGUGUGUGGAUGGUGUUAACACAGCGAUCAACCACAAUCUAAUUGAAUGAUGCACCAUGCUUGAGGGGCUGAAUGAUCCAGUCCUUCUCCUCAGUUUGUCCCUGAUCUUUCCAGUGGUUUCCCAGCAAACACAACAUCUGUCAGUCUAGGAUCAUUAAUGCCCUGGUUACCACUUGGAUGGGAGAAUGCCUGAGAAUACCAGGUGUUGUAGACUUUAGGGACCCUGUUGUGACACAGUAGUAGUGUUCCUACCCCCGAACCAAGAGGCCCAGGUUCGAGUCCCACUUGCUCCAGAGGUGUCUAAAAGCAUCUCUGAACAGGUUGAUUAGGAAAAAAAGUAGGUUGAGUGUACUAAAGAAAAACAAGAGAGCAGAUGUUUUGUCCCAUUGUACCUGCUCCUGUACCAAACAGAAAAGGAACAGGAUGGGUCUCAGGAGUGACAGUUAUGGUAAGAUUUGAGGGCAGAGAAGCCACAGUGACCUUGAUGGGAAUGUGGGGCCAGUGAAGAAUAAGCCCUUGCUCUUCAGCCUGAUGUGUUUUUUGCAAGUACCGUCCAGGACAAAGCAGCUCCACUUGAUUGUUCCCCAUCUACAAUCUUCAACUUUUACUCCCUCCACCACUGGCUCAGUGGAGGCACUCUGUACCACCUACAAGUGAGUUACGUGAACUCCUCAAGGCUCCUCUGAUAGCAACUUUGAAUUUAUGACCUCUACCAUCUAGGACAAACAGCAGCAGAUAGGUGCGAACUUCACUACCUGCAAGUUCCCCUCAACCAUUCACCAUGCCUUUAAUGUUGCUGGGACAAAAUCCUGGAACUCUCUCCUUAACAGCACUGUGAGUGUCCCUAUACAAUAAGGACUACAGUGGUUCAAGAAGGCAGUUCACCACCACCUUAUCCAGGGCACUUAAGGAUGGGCAAUAAAUGCUAGCCCAACCAGCAAAGCUCACAUCUCAGGACUGAAUAUAUACACAAACAUUAUGAUUCCACACUUUCUGUUCUUCAGUUCCCACAAGUUUGGUAAGUGCUGCAAUCAUAAGAAUAAUCUAGAGAGUUCAUUUUAAGAUUUGAUAUACUGUGUUUCAUUUCAAUUAUAUAUGUGAGGGUGGUCAAUCCAGCCAAGAGACGGUGAGUGCCUACUGGAUGUGCAUGGUUUAUAAGCUGGGCACCAAAGGCUAAAGGCCUAAUCUGAUUUAUUGAAAGCUCCUUUUUCUUCUUUUGUCUUUGUUCUCUUUCUCUCUGCAAAUUCUGAGGACUGUUUUCUUUUCCUGAGGUGUCUUUGCUCCAAAUUACCCUCCCUCCCUACCAGUGCUGUUCCACCAUUUCCUACAGUUUUUUGGUCAAAUACUGUUUUCUUUGUGAAUCAUUAAAGGAAGCCAGAGGAUCGAUAGGACAAAGGUCAUUGGAAUUCUUGGAUAGAGUCUGAGGAAAGUCGAGAGAGAGGUUCUGAAGCCCAUGCAUCUGCCCUUGCCUCUUCUCCGCACCCCGCUUCUCCCCAACACUCCCCAUCUAUCAUGGAAGUCACCUGAUGAAGGCAAAGCCAUAUCCCAUGACGAUUUUGACACUGCAAGUGAGAGUGGCCGAAGUGUUCAACUUGGAUGGGAAAGCUCAAGCCUAUGUGAGAAGGCCUGGUUGGUUGUCACCUCAUGGGUUCCUUGAGUCCAAGAGGGGCUCUAUCUAACCGGUAACUCCAUGCUCAGAAAUUGAAGGAGAGAUGAUGAUGAUCAUUUAACUGGGAAGCUGUACCAAAUUCAGAUCAUUAAUUCUGCUCACAGGCCUAAACUGUUGCCACAUAGAUAGGCCAAAUCUUGGACACCAUCUUUAGGAAAGGUCACUGCACUGAAGUGGGGGCUUCUUUGAACGCAGAGUGGCUACAUCAUAUCCCUCACCACCGCCCUCAACCCUGUCCCUGAUUGAUGCCUUUUCUCUUCCACAUGGUCUACCCCAGCCACACUUCCCUCAAGCAUUACUAACCUCCAGCAUACAGAGCUACUGAGAGGGGUUAAAAAGACAAAUGUGAACCUUUGGAGGGUGUGGAGGUUACAGGAGUGACUGAGGGUGUCUUAUACACCCAGAAGUGUAUUUUUUGUAAAUUUUAUAUGUAUUUUUUAAAUGUUAUGGAAAAGAUGCCUUAUAUUAUAUGCUUUUUAUUCUCUCUGUGCCUAUUGCUACAUUAUUGCACACUCUAAGUCACAUCUGUAACUCCCUUGGCAGUCAACCCCAUUCUAUCAUGAAUGAAAGAUUUGUAUUUUUAUAGCACCACAUCAGGAAACCCAGAAUGUUUUGUAGCCACUGGAGUCUUUAUCUUGAAGUGUAGUCACUGCUGAAAUGUAGGAAACACAACAAUCGACUUGCACACAGUAAGCUCCCAAAUGCAGCAAUAACAAAGUCUUUUAACCCUGGUGAUGAUCUUUCAUGGAUAUAUAUAUAGGCGUGAAUCCUGGCAGAACUCCCCCCUAAUGCCACCAGGAAUCUGUAAUAGUGAGCUGAGGGAGCAGACAAGCUGAACAGCAAGUCCAAAUGUCAGUCUCGCGGGCAGUGGAGCGCUCUCUUGCCACAGCAGUGGGAGUGACAGCCCAGGGAACAUGCUAAAGAUGUUGGAGUGAAGCUUGACCCUACAACCCAAGGUGACCCAUUGUAUCUCCUGGGUUAAUGUUUAUCUACCACCAGCAUUGAAAAACCUGUUUAUCAUAGAUUGUGGUAUCUUGCUGUGUGUAAAUUGGCUGCUGCAUUUCCAACAUUGCAACUGAUUAUAUUUUACUUCAUUGAGUGUGAGGCAUGUGGGGUACCAGGGAUUGAUGAAAGGCAUGCAUACAGCCCCCAUGGUGAUCUUUGGAUGUGAUGUUGGGAAUGGUCACUCUGAGACAGGAAUCAGUGAAGAGGCCUGGGAUUGUUACUACAGUGUGCAGAAGGUGGAACUAGUCACUCACACCACCCAAAGGGAAGGCUGUUUGCCCUGUGGUGCUUUUAAUCUGCCCGUUACCCAGUUUCCCUCUGAGACUCAUAAUGUUCUCGCUGCAAAAUAGCUAGAGAUCAUCGGGAUCAUCGGGGAAGCAAGAAGCCUUAACAGACCACGUCCCUAAACUGCAUAGAUGUACCCUUGAUAACAUUAAUCCCGCAAAUGACACCCAGAAGGGUAAGUGAACAUGUUAUUCAGCACAAGCAGAUUUGUGCACUGGGACACACUGGGGAUGCAACAGAAUUCAAACUAAAGGGAGCCAUCGAGGGUGAUGGAUGGUAUAAUAUAAAAUGGUGUUGAAGCAAAAGAUCAGCCAUGAUCUCAUUGAAUGAUAGAGAGGGUUAGGGGGGCUGAAUGGCCUUCUGCUGUUCCUAUUUCUUGUUAUGAAACAUGCUGUCUCUCUGCAAGCUUGGUUCAAAGAUAAACUGGAUUGAUCCAUACUGUUUAUGGGAUCCAACAUGAAAUAAACAUGAACAGGAUACAGUCUGAGGACAAGA